AAGAAGCGCUGUUGCUGGGCCGCUCCUUCCUGGCUAAGGCGGCCGGAAGUCGGCAGCCAUAGACGCGGUUUAGCCGCGACGCUCUGGAGACUGCUGGCGUAGGGGGAGGUUCUUGAAAAUUUCAAAAUGGGUGAACCUCAGCAAGUGAGUGCACUCCCCCCACCACCAAUGCAAUACAUCAAGGAAUAUACAGAUGAAAACAUCCGGAAGGGUCUAGCUCCUAAGCCUCCACCUCCAAUAAAGGAUAGUUAUAUGAUGUUUGGCAAUCAGUUCCAGUGUGAUGACCUCAUCAUCCGCCCUUUGGAGAGUCAGGGCAUUGAACGACUUCACCCUAUGCAAUUUGAUCAUAAAAAAGAACUAAGAAAACUCAAUAUGUCUAUCCUCAUUAACUUUUUAGAUCUCCUAGAUAUCUUGAUUAGGAGUCCUGGAAGCAUAAAACGAGAGGAGAAGCUGGAAGACCUAAAAUUGCUUUUUGUCCAUGUACAUCAUCUUAUAAAUGAAUAUCGACCCCACCAAGCCAGGGAGACACUCAGAGUCAUGAUGGAGGUACAAAAAAGGCAGCGCCUUGAAACAGCUGAAAGGUUUCAAAAGCACCUGGAACGAGUUAUUGAAAUGAUCCAGAAUUGCCUGGCUUCUUUACCUGAUGAUUUGCCCCAUACAGAAGGAGGAAUGAGGUUAAAAACUGAGCCAAUGGAUACUGAUGACAGCAAAAAUUGUAUUGGACAAAAUGAACAGCGAGAGAAUUCUAGUCAUAGAAGAGACCAGAUUAUAGAGAAAGAUGCUGCUUUGUGUAUCUUAAUUGAUGAAAUGAAUGAAAGGCCAUGAAAGUCUUUUUAAAAUUUGUUGUACAAACUUUGGGGAUGGGAUGGGGGACAGGGUUAUGUAGCCAAAAAUUGUAUGACAUUGUGUCUUGCUUGAUACUCUUGAAACUUGUAUAGAAAUAUAAAUUUGCCUGAUCAUGA